AUGAAUAUUAACGACCAAUUAUAUUUAAGACCCAUCAAUAUGAAUAUUUUACAAACAGUUUAUUCGACUGAAAAUACGUCCGAUUCAUCCACGGUCACCGUAGAAUUUACUUUUAACAAUAAUUUAUCAUUAACAUUUUACAAUUGUGUAUCUAAUUUAUUAGAUUUAACAAUACCCUAUCGAUUAUUAAUGGAAAAGAAUAUAAAUCAAUGUUGGUUAUGCUUAUAUAAGAGUGAAACAAAUGAUUUAGAAAAUCAUUUACAAAGUAAUCAUUUUAAAAUUGGACAAAUAAUUUGUCCACUCUGUACUAGUAUAAUGAAAAAUUUAAUCGAAUUACAAACACAUUUGUCUAAUGUACAUUUACAAAUGAAAAAAAUGUUAUCUAUUUCACCGAAAUAUUCAAUGGACAUGGUAAAAUCACCAUCAUUAACGACUGAAACUUUAUACAAAUGUUUAAAAUGUACAUCAACAUUUAGCGGUAAAAUGCAAUGGUUACAACAUGUUCUUCAUCAACAUUUACCAUUAUUUACAAAUAAAUGUUUAUGUUGUUUACAAACAAUAAAUAAAAUUGGAAAAUUAAUUUGGCACAUUACUCAAACACACGAACAAGAUGAAUUUACGCAAAAAUGGGCAGAAAUAGAUCCGACAAUUCAUUUAACAAAUCACUCAGCAACAUCUUACACAACAAAAACAGAUGUAAAACUACCAAAGAAAAAAGCUACAUUUCAUCGACAACAAAAAGAACGAAGCGUAAUGGAAAAACCACAAAAUGGUUUCUCCAACCAUGUUGUUGGUGAUAAAAUCGUAAAUGACCAAAAAUCAUCAGAAUAUCAGGAAGUGAUGUUUGUUGGCUCAGAACGUACUAUAAAAAUGGAUUCUGAUAUUGAGAAGUAUGUUCAACAAUUGGUCAAUACGAUUUAUGCUAAAACAAAUGAAGUUGAACAAACAAAAUCAGUCAAUGUUACUCAACAUAAACCUUCGUCACGUACAAUAUCAAAACGUUUAAGAACACAAACAUUACGUCCAAAAUUAAAUACUGUACCAACAACAAAUAGACAAAAAACGAUUAUACCACUUACAAAUAAUGGAUCUAGUAUAAAAAAAUCUAUACAAAAUAAUUUACCAAAUCCUCUACUAGAUAAUAUUGUUAAUCAAAUUGUUAAUAAUAUAAUCACAAUAACAAAUAAAAAAGAAAUUGAAAAUCGUGAACAAGCAAUAUCAACAGUAUCUACUAUUCAAUCUUUAUCAUCAACAACAUCAAAUGAAUUAUGUAAUUUAUUUUCUUAUGUAUGUCCUAUCUGUUAUAAAGCUUUUGAACAGUCAUAUUAUUUACGUACACAUUUUUUUAAUUAUCAUCAAAUACAAAAUCCAUUUGUCUGUCAGUAUGAUUCUUGUUUAUCGUUAAAUAAUAUAGGCAAUGAUUAUCUACAACAUUUAUGUAAUUAUCAUUCGGAUAAUUCACUUUUACUAUCAAUAUUAUUAUCAUAUCGAUUAAAAGAGCUCAUUAAUGGUUAUUUAUGUAAAUUGGAUAAUUCUUAUAAUAGAAUAAUGAAAACAAUUGGAGAUAAACAAACUAAAAAUGAAUUAGAGUUAAUGUUAAUGCAGAAUUUUAAUGGAGUUAACAGUGAUUCCUACUUCUAUCAUACAAAUGUAUCAGAUUUAAAUAGUUUAUGUCAAAAAAUUGAUGCUCGUAUAGUAUAUCGUAAAUAUUUUGCUAAAAUUCCUUUGUCAUUAACCGAUGAUCAAUUAAAACAUCAAACAAAUCUUAAUUAUUAUCAGUGUAAAUUAUGUUCAAGUAUAUUUCGUUUAUAUUCGAGUUGUCAAGAACAUAUUAAAAAUAUUCAUACAUUUUCUAAAUGUCAGACAUGUUUACAUUGUCAUGAAUUAGUUAAAACAACAAAUAAUAACAAUGACAAAUAUCGACAACAUUUAAUUACAUGUCCAACAUUGACACCAGCAAAUAACAUUAAUACGAAUAUUAGAGAAAUGAAAAUGGAUGAAGUUAUAACAUCCAAUCCUGGUUCAAUAACUUCGUGCGAUAUUGAAACUGACAAGCGCUCUUCUGAAUCUCAUGUAGAAAAGUCAACAUUAGUAUCGGUGAAUAAAACGUUCUCCGUUGAUAAACAAAAAACUCAAGAUCAAGAAACGAAUAUAAACAAUAAAAAACGCUGUUCUAACAGAAAAAUUUCUUUAUCAAAUAAAAAACAUAAACAGUCAUCAAAUUUGACUACAUUAAAGGUAGUCGAAGAUGUUGAUUAUCCACCACCAGCUUUACAACGAAUUUCAUUAGAUCAAAUAUGUUCGAAACUUGUUAAAGGUAUGGAUAUUACACAUGAGCAAUGCAUUAAUGCAAGUUAUCUGCUCAAACAAUUAGUCAUACACGAUAAGCCAUUAACAAGAUUGAACUAUUAUACAUGCACUGAUUGUGUAACAACAUUUCCUGAUAUAUUAACAGCAUUAAAUCAUCUGUUAUUAUUCCAUUUACCAAAAUGCUGUCUAUGUUCAAAAUGCUUAACUAAAUUUGGUCAUAUAGAAAUACAAUCCGGUUUAAUAUUAGAUCAUUUGAUUGUGUGUGAAACGAAUAAUCACAUCAAUAUAUCGUUUAUAAAAUUAAUGAAUGCAAAACUGACUGAACAAAAGCAAGAUGAUCAGACACCACAAUUAUCAACGACAUUAUUAAUACAUCAAAAUAGAAAGAAUCAACAGGUGUUGCCAAUGUCUAUCAAUCAAUCGCUGAAUAAUACUUCGAAUAGUAGCAGCGGUAUUAUUUCCAACGAUACUGCUCCACAAUCAUUAACCAUUCAAUCUAAUGAUGUGAACAAGAAACAACAGCAGAAGGAGCAACUUAUAUGUGUUGUUGAUAGCGACGUUACUUGUUCGUUAUGUUUCAUGAAAUUUCCAACUAAUGUCGAUUUUCAAACCCACAUAACAAAAACUCAUUUAAUUUACAACUGCACAUUAUGUCCAAAACCCGGUGGAGAGUAUGAACAGUUCAUUGGUUCAACAUCUUACCAUGAGCAUUUAAUCUCAUUUCAUUUAUCACAAUCAACACCAUUUUAUCGUUGUUAUUUAUGUUCAAUAAAGUUUGAAUCAUUUUCUUCCUUAUGCUUACAUUUACAAAAAAACUGUUUAUCCCAGUGCCAACAUUGCGAUUUAUGUCAGCAGCCAUCACAGAUCAGUUAUUCAACUCCAAUUGAUCUAUUUCAACAUAUUAUUCAAGAACAUCAGAAUAUCAUUCAACUUUACCUUCAGUGUCCACUAUGUCUGAUCGAUGUUAACAAAGAUAAUUUAAAUGAUCAUUUUGAGCAGGAAACAUGUCUACGCAAAAUAAAAACGGAACCAAUUGAAUAUCCUAGUACGACGUUAGAUACAUCAAUUAAAGUUUAUUGCACGUUAUGUAAACAAAUAUUAAUUUUGAGUAACAUGGAUGAUAUUCAAGCACAUUCAUGUACAAGUGAACAGUUAUUUACGAAUACGGGCUCAAUGAAUGAAUUAAUUAUUGAUUCAGUGUACUCACUAACAAAUGAGAGUUUUAUGAGUAGUGAUACUAGCGAGGAUAGUGCAUCAUUACCGCAAACAUUUUCAUUGUCACUAAUACCGUCCAUGGGAUGUUCUAGAGAUAUAACGUUUGUUGAAAAUGAAACGGUAACUGCAAAUCAAGUAAAUAAAGAAUCAGCACCUAUUAUUAAUCAUGUCCCUGAUCUUGAUAAAGAGAUAUCAACAGAGUCAAAAAUCAUAGUAGAAGAGAAAAAUACUGUUUUAAAACAAAAAACACAAUUAGAUCUAUCAUCUUCUUUAAAUGGCCGUAUUGUAUCGCGUUACGGAAGAAUAAGAAAGCAAACAUCAAGACAACAGAGCCCUCCAGCAUUAGUUCGUCACAAUAAUGUGAAACGCUUAACUAAAAAUAACAUCGAUAGAGAACAACAACAAUUGCCACCUCCGCCUGUCGCAGCAAUCAAAUCAAAACAAUUAACGGAAAAAUUAUUGAAAAAAAGGGAUUCAGUAACAACAAUAAUUACGAAUGAUCGAGCCAAAUUAGCUUGUCAGACAUUGAUAAUAAGAACAGCCAGUCGACAAACUUCGCGAACAUCAACAGCAUCCACAUCUUCAGCAGUGCCAUUAACUAAAACACAAUUUGUUACUGAUGAAAACCAAAAACGUUUAUUUGAUGAAAAAUCGUCGUUAUUGUCGAUGUUACCAUCGUGUAAUAAUAUAAAUAUAAACAAUAAUAUUUUCAAUAAUGUAUCAUGUACAAAUAUUCAACCUUCUCCGUCAUCUAUAAAUCCUGUUUUAUUAAAACUAAUGACACCGUCUCAUUCACAACAAUUUUCAACAUCUCCAACAAUAACUGCCAUAACACCGACGCUGAAUAAUAAUGCCUUAAUAAAUCUUCUUCAAUCAUCAGCGAACGAUAUUUUAUCAAAAACAAUAGCUACGUCAUUAUUACUCAAUAUGAACACCGGUAUAAUAGACACAUCCCAACAACAACAACAACAACAACAACAACAACAGAAUGUUACUAACAACGGUCUGGUGUUACAAUUACCACCAUCAUUUUUCCAAAAUGUACAAACAAACGGAUUAGAAUUAAAACUUCUAUUACCUACGAAUAAUAAUAAUUCUUGA